UAUGAAAGAUAAACAACAUUUCAUUUUAUUUACAUGCAUAUGAUUUAAAUAGUAUCGAAACGAUCGACGCGUCGAUGCGAUAACUUGGCUUCGAGAGAUCCUCGUGUAUCACACUUUCGAACAUCGUGUCUAGAUUUACUGCAUUCGUGAUACUUUUAUGGCUAUACAAUUAAAAGCAUACAAGAUUUCAAUCUGCAUUAGUAGUGAAUACAGGUAUAAAAGAAGGAAAGAAAUACUAAUCUUUGAAACGACGGAAAAAUCGCUGUUUACCGUACUGCUAAACUCUAGGCCAGAGUUUAUUUUUACCCUAGACGAACACUUGUGAUCCCUUCUUUCCAACGUUCGUCUUUGACGUCUCCACGCGGUUUUUUCUUUCUUUUUUUUUUGUCUCGUCGUCCUCGACUUCGCUCUUUUUCUGUCGACGUUGUUUUUGGAAACGUGGAACGUUAAUCUUCGUCGGUCGACGGUUUCGUCGACUCGUCGGGUAGAGGUUCUGCAGUCAGAGCACGCUGGAGAAGCGUAGCUGUAAAUGACGGAGCGUUAUAAACCGCCAGAAGCCAGCGUUGCACUGACCAAAGAAGAGAUUCAUAACAGAUACCAAGACGCGGCACUGGUUAUAUUUAAAGAACAAAGUAAAAAGGAAAUUGUCAACUAUCUGACUUUUGGAACCAGCCGUAGAACCAUGGAAUACAGCAGCUAUGGGAAUCAACCUGUCAUCGUGAGGAGACCAACCGAAGCCUUGGCGAUCCGAAACGUCGAAGACUUGUCUUCGCAGAUAUUGAGGAUAUACAGAAAGCCUCGGGACAGUUGUGUGAUAAAUUAA